UGCCUCACCCUAUGGAGGAACCAGCACUGCCCAUCCACAUUGAGGAGGGGACAGAAGUUCCAACUGAAAACAAAAACAUGGCAACAAAGGAGAAGCUGCAGUGUUUGAAAGAUUUCCAUAAGGAUAUCCUCAAGCCUUCUCCUGGCAAAAGCCCUGGGACACGGCCCGAGGAUGAGGCAGAGGGGAAACCACCCCAGCGUGAGAAGUGGGCAAGCAAGAUUGACUUUCUGUUGUCCGUGGCUGGAGGAUUUAUCGGUUUAGGCAACGUAUGGCGAUUUCCGUAUCUCUGCUAUAAAAAUGGCGGAGGUGCAUUUCUCAUACCUUAUUUCAUUUUUCUUUUCGGGGGCGGUCUUCCUGUGUUUUUUCUGGAGGUGGCACUAGGACAGUAUACCUCCGAAGGAGGAAUUACAUGCUGGGAAAAGAUCUGCCCUAUUUUCACCGGAAUUGGUUAUGCUUCCAUCGUGAUCGUGUCGCUUUUGAAUGUGUAUUACAUCGUCAUCCUGGCUUGGGGACUGUACUACUUGUUCCAUUCUUUUACGAGUGUCCUGCCCUGGUCUCACUGUCACCAGAAGUGGAACACAGAUUCCUGUGUAGAUGACACUCUCAGGAGGAACAAAACACUUUGGCUGUCUAUGAAUGUCACCAACUUCACGUCUCCUGUCACAGAGUUUUGGGAGCACAACGUACUGAGCUUGUCUUCAGGAAUUGAUGAUAUUGGUGUUGUCAAGUGGGACCUGGCUCUCUGUCUCCUCCUUAUCUGGGUGAUAUGUUUCUUCUGCAUUUGGAAAGGUGUCAGAUCCACUGGGAAAGUUGUGUAUGUAACAGCAACGUUCCCAUUCAUCAUGCUUUUUGUACUGUUAAUCCGUGGUGUCACCUUACCAGGAGCUGCGACGGGCAUCAAGUUUUAUCUUUAUCCUGACAUAGCUCGGUUAGGUGAUCCUCAGGUCUGGAUAGAUGCCGGGACACAAAUCUUCUUCUCCUAUGCAAUCUGCUUAGGUGCGAUGACUUCCUUGGGGAGCUACAAUAAAUACAAAUACAACUGCUACAGGGACUGUAUGCUGCUGGGAUGCCUGAACAGUGGUACCAGUUUUGUGUCUGGCUUCGCAAUUUUUUCCGUCCUGGGCUUCAUGGCACAAGAGCAAGGGGUGGACAUUGCUGAGGUGGCAGAGUCAGGUCCAGGACUGGCCUUUAUUGCCUACCCGAAAGCUGUGAGCAUGAUGCCGCUGCCAACUUUUUGGGCUAUUCUUUUUUUUAUUAUGCUUCUGUUGCUUGGCCUGGAUAGCCAGUUUGUUGAAGUUGAAGGACAGAUCACAUCCUUAGUUGAUCUGUACCCAUCCUUCCUAAGGAAGGGUUACCGACGGGAAAUCUUCAUCGCUAUAGUGUGCUUCCUCAGCUAUCUUCUGGGACUAACUAUGGUGACUGAAGGUGGCAUGUAUGUGUUUCAACUCUUUGACUACUAUGCAGCUAGUGGUGUAUGCCUCUUGUGGGUUGCAUUCUUUGAAUGCAUUGCUGUAGCCUGGGUUUAUGGCGCUGAUAAUAUUUACGAUGCCAUUGAAGAUAUGAUUGGUUAUAGGCCCGGUCCAUGGAUGAAAUGGAGCUGGAUGAUAACUACACCAGUUCUUUGCAUGGGAUGCUUUAUCUUUUCUUUGGCCAAGUAUACACCAUUGACCUACAACAAGGUGUACAUAUAUCCUGACUGGGCAAUCGGCCUGGGCUGGGGUCUUGCCCUCUCUUCUAUGAUCUGCAUCCCUCUAGUUAUGGUCAUCCGUAUAAUACAGUCGGAUGGGUCUCUCAUUGAGAGGGUGAAAGCUGUCGCUGCCCCGCGCGAAGUGAACCGGUGGGCAAGGGAGUCGGAGAGUGCCGUCCCAUUCUAUCCUGCUGCCAUGGCCAAUGGGGGAAUGAUCAAGCCAACUCAUAUCAUCGUGGAGACUAUGAUGUGAGCUCUCUCUAUGAGAGGAAGACGCCUGCUUUAAAACUGCCGUUUACUAACCAUAGAAUCUCUCAUAGGACCAGGUUUACAGAGCUUUAUAUUUGCACUAGGUUUAUUUUUUAUUUCUCACAGAGAAAGUUAUUUUUUGU